AUGUCCCAGAGAGACACCUCGACUCGACCUGCAUCUCGUCGAACUUCCACAUCUCCAACUACACCGGUAGAAGUAGGAGCCUGUCCUUUUGGAUCAUCUGUUGGUAACCAUGACGCAGCCAAUGAUGCCAUAAAGCUGCUACCUAAAGAAAACUCCGGUCGAAAUCAACAAAUACCGCCCAAGUCUUUAGGCAUGCUGAACAUAUUGAAUCCAUCAGAUCCACGACCAAAGGACUCACACAUAGCCCAUGAUUCUUCAUCGCCAGUUGUACAGCAGUCUGCAAGCGCGUAUCAAUCUUGGACGCAUGGGUUUCCGCGACAGCCGGGUUUCGGCCAUUCAGCAUCUGCAUCGUAUCCAGGAAUUCCUGUCGGGAACGCCAAUUUGGUGUCAGGACCUGAACGGCAAUCACCAACUGUGGGCUACCCAUUCUCCAAUGUGAAUGAACCUAGGAAAGCUCUCAGUCCGAAAGUACCACGAGCUUCAAGUCUGAGCCAGAGUAGUGGUCCGCCCCGCGAAUUUGAUCGCAGACAACACGGAUACGUUCCAUCAGUAUCGCCAGCCAAACGUCCAUAUGAAGCCGACUCGGCAGAGGAGCCUAGGCAGCUUCCUAGCUUCCAUCAGACUCCCAGAAUUGCCCAAACAGCGCCACAGGUCCCUACUCCACCAACUCGGUCCCUCUCGCAGUCUAUGAAUAGAGUUACUGAAGUAUCUCACGUUCAAGGGCAACCGGGGCCACCCCAGGACAUUCAAGCACCACCUUCUCACACUCAAUUCCAGCUUGGGCAGCUAUCCAGUGUGAGCCAGCCGCCUGAGGCUUCUCCUUGGACUGAGGUGAUGCGCCGGUCUGCCGGGUCGGGGAGCAUGGAGGGACAGCAAGCCUAUAUGACACUGCCGGGCAGCGACAUCCCGAUACCUGUUCAAGUCGAUUACUCACAAGCCUCGAGGAAAGCGGACGAGAAACGACAGCGUAACGCGAAAGCGUCAACUAGACACCGCCGGAAAAAAAAGACAAUGCAAGAAGAAAAUGUGAGGCAAUUACAGGAACUGAAGGAUGAGCGACAACAAAUGUCCGAAGAGAUAGAUUACUUGAGACGUCAACGUGACUUUUACCGGGAGGAGAGAAAUCGACUUCGAGAUAUUGUAUCUCGAACGCCCGGGAUUCAUCAGCAUGCAGCCGGACCCCGAAGCCCAACUCCCACCAGAAGUAUCGACUCACAUACAGAUCACAGCCCUGUAUCGCAGCACCUCAUACCAACACCAACACAGGGUUAUUCCAGCGAUCCUGCUUCUAUAGAUCGAGCAGCGCAGCGACCGAAGAUGGAAGAGCGGGCAGAAUUUGCCGGGCCUGGACCUGGCACGACUCCGGUCGGGUUGGCACCGCCUCAUGGUCAUCUAUACAAUAUCCCGCCUCGUCCUACGUCGGCUGCAUCGUCAGGAAGUGGAGAUAGACUACCGCCGUUGAGAGCCAUGGAAGGGCCAUCUCCAACGGUUCAGCAUAUCGGUUCUGGACAAGCUCACGAACAAGACCCUAGAACAGGUCAGUGGCGCCCGGUGCCUCAACGGCAGGUUGAAACAGGUUGGGCAACGGUCCCCAGAAAGUUGGGUGAUAGUCAAACUCACCCUUGGUGA